AUGGUCAAGUACGCCGUCAUUUGCGCCAGUAACCAGAAUCGAUCCAUGGAGGCACAUUAUGUGUUAAGCAAACAUGGCUUCAAUGUGUCAUCGUAUGGCACGGGCAGUAUGGUACGGUUACCUGGCCCUGCUAUUGACAAGCCCAAUAUUUAUCCUUUCGGUACACCCUACGAUCGUGUAUACCAAGAACUCAAGCAACGUGACCCACAAUUAUAUACGCAGAACGGCUUGUUAUCAAUGCUGGAUCGGAAUCGUAAAGUCAAGGAUGCACCACAACGAUGGCAUGAAGCACACGAAGUAUAUGAUGUUAUCAUUACAUGUGAAGAACGUUGCUUUGAUGCAGUAGUGGAAGAUUUAUCCAAUCGAGGACAAGGAUACAAUGCAAGCACACAUGUUUUGAAUGUGGAGAUCAAGGAUAAUCACGAUGAUGCAUUACAAGGAGGCAAGGCUAUACUGCAGCUGGUUGAGAUGAUCGAGGCUGCUACCGACGUGGAUGCGGAAAUUGGCGGUAUCAUUGAUAGCUUUUCAAGCAAGAAUCCCAAAUUCCCUUUACUUCAUACAGUCGCCUAUUUCUGA